UAGCGCUGUUUAGAGCUGUGAAUGUGGGCCAGCCUGCGCCAAACACGUCACGAUGAAUGUUUUGAAUUUUGUUGUUUUCAUGUUUAUUAUAAUUUGUCAAGCUAAAAAGAAAGAUUCUAAUAUGUCGUACAAGGAAUUCUUACAGAAUGAAGAUACUCGUCUGUCAAAGAAAGGUGCUAAAUGUAGUCUAAAGAAGGUGACUCGAAGAAAUGUAGACAAUAUACGACUUGUCUCUCAGGAUGAUGGCACAGCUCGUUGUAUCAUCCGGUAUCUCUUGGACUACCCAGAUGAUGGUUUCCUCUGGUCUGUCCUAGGGCAUAUAUACCUCCUCAGGAAAGACCCAGUGGCCUCCCAAAUCAAUGCAUGCUUUAAACAAGCUACCAAACACACAGGACAACACACACCAUUCAUAAAAAACUGGAGUUUUAUUGGACCAUUUGUGAUUGGCAAAAUGGAGCUAGAUGGAGAUCCAGUUGAGGCAUUUGGUGGAAUACAAAAUGUCUCAAAAUAUCGCUUUGAAAAAGAGAGUAAAUUGUUUUCUGAGUUAGUACCAGAUGGGGUGGUGAAGUGGAUGUCAUACCACCAAAAGUCAAAGGAGCAAAUGGUAAAGAUAACACCGAAGGUCAACUGGAAUGACCUUGUGAGUUCACUUGGGUCAAUGGGAAUAACUGAAUGGCAGGGAUGGAUAGUUGGAGAUUUUGCUGUCAAUGCCGACCAUUUGAAUUUCAUUGUCCAGUGUAUGGGUGUGAGUUCUGUCUAUAUUGAUGGGAUGUUGUAUGCAGGGGAUUUAUAUCAUCGAAGUAAAUUUUCAUUUGGCGUCAGGCUGAGUCGAGGGAUACAUUCACUCAAUAUAAGGCUGAGGGCAAAGGUAUCGGCAACAUUUAACUGUAUUUUAUCAGCUAUGCCAAAAAACUUUGAAGUGUUAUCCCCAACCUUCCUUCCUGACCUGUACGAUGGUAAUAUAUUUGGACGAUACAUAUCAUUACCUGUAGCAAACUAUCAUCCAACCAGAUGGGUCAAAAAUUUCCGUUUGAUGGUUACUGACCAGUCAGAAGGAGAAAUGCUUGAAAUUAAACCCUUGAAAAAUGAACUUGCUGUCGCACCAGGUCAAAUUAGACCUUUCCAUGUUAAAAUUUUAAACAAAUCUCCCAAAAUAUUAUCUGCUUGUCGAGAUAUUGAAGUUGAGAUAGCAAUAUCAACAUCCGAGGGAGAAGAGAACUUUCCGCUCAAUAUACGAUGUCGCAAAGCUGGAGAAUCUUUCUUGUUUACGUUUUUGGACCACGAUGGGUCAGUCCAGCAUGGUGCAGCUGUGCAACCUAUCAGAUCAUGUCGUGGUCAUCUGUGUCCAAUUGUAUUGUCUCUUCAUGGCACGACAGUACCACCACAAAACCAGGCAGACAGUUACAAGAAAAUGGUGGACAAGGAGUUUGAGUUUGGGGUUGAGCAUGCUUGGCUUGUAGCUCCUACAAGGCAUGGAGCCCACAACUGGGAGGGGCCUGGUGCACUGACAGCAAUGUCAGCCAUGUUGGCUCUCACUGAUAUUGUGCACACAUCGACCUGGAUAGAGGACAAGGCCGACCCAGACCAUGUUGUCUUUGCAGGCCACUCCAUGGGUGGUCACGGGGCGUGGCAUCUGGCCACCCACUUCCCUGACCGAGCACUGGCCCUGGUGUCUCUGGCUGGCUGGAUCAAGAAGGAGGAGUACGGAGACAGCAACCUGUUCUUCAAACAUGACCUGUCCACCAGUCAUGCCGACCCAGCAGUCAAAGCUGUCAUGGAAGCAUGUAUUGCUGAAAAUGAUGCCGACAGACAUGUCUCCAAUCUUCAGCACAUCCCAGUGUUGGCUCGAAUCGGGGCAGGUGAUCGGACAGUCCACCCCUUUUUCGUCCGGAGGAUGUACCGUCUUCUGCAGGAGUACCGUGUGCCCGUCAACUUCACAGAGCUGGCUGGCAAGGAGCACUGGUGGUGGGAUACAUGGGAGACGAAUGAUGGUGGCGUGGUCAAUGAUCAGCAGCUGAGGGACUUCAAGUCCAAGUACAUCGCAUCUCAGCUCCACAGCGGGGGUUGUUCCGCAGAUGACAAUGACUGUACCGGAGACUCUGAUGAUAAUAAAUACUCCCAGCAUGCAGCGGAAGAUCGGUUUACCCUCACAACAAUUAACCCUGCUUUUGGCGAGGGUCUCAGGGGUGUGAGAAUUCUGAGUCAGCUAGUCCCAUACAGGCUGAGUACUGUAGAGGGCCAAGUGUCAGGAAAUACUGUUCACCUGACAACAAGAAAUGUUUGGAGGUUCAGAAUUGAGGAGCCCAAACAGAGAAAAGUUCACUGGAUGCAAAGAUUUAUCAGGGUUGACAGAGAUUUCAUGGUGAACACAGACAUGUUAGCUGAGAUGGCCAAGAAUGAAGACAGUCACUUGGCGAGGGUCGACGGGGAGUGGGAGUUUGUUCAUCGCAGUGUGUACGAGAGACACGAGAGAGGACCAGAGAACUUAGGGCCUGCCAGAAGAGUGGCAGAACGCCAGUUUCUGAUCAUUGUAGGUACGCAGGGGUCACCAAUGACAAGCCAGACUUUGCUGACAUCAGCUGUCUACAUCGCUAACCAGUUCUACCUGACAUCGGACACCACUGCCAGUAUUGUCUAUGACACCGAUAUCACCCCGGACAUGGUGAACAGAAGAAACAUCAUACUGCUGGGAAGUCCCACUGAGAACCUCCUGACAUCCACGGCUCUUGCUGGACUGGAUCUGUCUGUCUCGGAUUCUGGAGACACAGUUAGGUUGAGGAAAUGCCUCUUCUCCAAGCCACGGACUGGUGUCCUCACACUGGCUCCAAAUGGUCAGCGCCAUCUUACCUUGGUCCUCAUGGGAUUGUCUAGAGAAGGACUGAUGGACAUUAUCUCCCUGGCCACACCAACCAUUCCACCAAUGGCAAGAUCCCCAUUCUCCAACCUUGUCCCGGACUACGUGAUCACCGGACCAGACUUUGGCUGGAAGGGGCCAGGGGGCUUCAGCUGUGCUGGUUUCUAUGGCAACCAGUGGGAAUAUAGAAGUGAUCUCUCCUCCUGUACCUGUUACUGAUGCCAGCUGUCUUGACGGAGAUGGAAGUGGAAUGCAGAUUAAUAUAGUUGACAUGCUAACAGUGACCAGUUUAUAAAUGUGUUACCUUGAAAACGAUUCCAUGAUUUUAGCUGUAUGUAAGUGCAAUGGUUCAGAUCUGCAGUGGAAGCUGUAUAUACCUGUGUAUAUUUUAGAAAUGAUAUUGUCCCAGUGGAACGGGAAUUGAUUUCAUUGUUUCAUAGCAAACAUUUGCUUACUGACUCAUCUCAUGUUUAAGAUGUACAACACAAAUGUUUUCCAGAUGGUCAUGACAACUCACCAGAACUGUAGCACUGUCUGUGAUGGUUGUGUGUCAUGCAGGGCGUGAUGUGUGCACAUUCCAAGUUUUAGUAUCAACUUACACAUAUCACAGCCUCAAGUAAACCCAGUGGUAAGUGAGUGACAUAAUUGACCACUGGGGUAUCAUGAUUAAUGGCAGAUUUGUACCUGACAAUAUAAUACAUUUAAAGCCUACCAUAUCUGUGCAUUGUAAAUUCGGUAUCAAUUCUAAAAUCUAGGGUCAUUGGUUUGUUGUUUACUGCUGCACUCAGCAAUAGUCCAGAGAUCUACGCAAUUGGGAUACGAUGACAUGUGUCAACCAAAUCAGUGAGCCUGACCACCUGAUUCUGUUAGUCGCCUCUUACGACAAACAUGGGUUACUGAAGACCAAUUCUAACCCGGAUUUUCAUAGGUUCCAAAAUCUGAUAUUUAGGGUUUGCAAUGCUUGAUAACUCAGACCACCCAGAUUACCAUACUUCACUACAUGAUACUGGUAGACUCAGCCAUAGAUUGGCUAGCUAUGUGAGUGGAACAUGAACCUAUGUUUUUCCAAGCCACAUGGAAUAUUUGGUUCAAAACUGGUGCAAAAUUUGUAUUGCAAUAUGUUGCAUUUCAUGUCUAAAGGUUUUGUGAUGUUUUGGUUAUGAUACUGACACCCCAGCAAUUAUGUUGCAGUACAUUGUCCUUUAGUUGCCAUGUAGUUUCUUGUAAUCAUCCUAUAUUACCAAAUGAGAAAAGGUCGGGGUUUUGAGCCCCAACUGCGUCAGACCAAAGGACGUUAAAUGAUGGUACUUGAUGUUGCCCUGCCUGGAACUUGGCAUUGAAGAAGAAAACAAGGACUGGUUGACUAUAGUCAGUAUAAUGGGUCUGAGUGUGAUAUACAUGUGGUAUCCCCGUGGGCUAAGUGCAGGCAGACAUACACAAAGUCACACAAGCCACUUGAGUUCAGUUAUCCUAGACAUGAGAUAAACCCCAAUUCCCUUAAUCUCACCUAUUGUAUGAGUAAGUACUGCAUUUUCUACAUGUUAAUACUUUGGUUAAACCCACAAGCACUGACAAGAAGCUGACUAUUUAACCUUAAACAUUUGGCCAGACUGAAGUGCAAAUUACAUUUGAGCAUCAUAGGCCUGCUACUGUGUUACUGCUGCCAUGAAGUGAGGUGUAAAUGAAUGGAAAGUUGUAUCAUAUUAUUUGUCUGUUUCACGGUUUUUAAAAAGAUGUCAUUUGUUGUGUGUGAAAAGUGCUAAGUAAGGUAUCUCCUGGCUGUAUACACUGAAACACAGGCACCAAUGGGAUGCUGACUUGCCAAGGAAUGAAUGUGUUGUGCUACGUUUGUGCUAUGUUGUUGUUCCUGCUGCUGUGUAUGAUGUGAAAUUAAAUGAAUGGAAAUAUA